UCCACUAAAGGCUAUACCGAAAUUAUAGAAAUGGCGACGUCUCUGUAAAAGGAUUAGAGAAAGUUUGUAAGAGAAUUAUCUCUUACACGCAAACAGAAUCAGAAAAUAACAAAAGAAAAAGAAAGAUGACGUCUAUACACUGUAUCGUCCACCCGCUUCCAGGAAGCGAUACACAGUUUAAUGAUAGGAUACGAGAAGUUGCGGAGAAAAUAAGCCAUCAUGGAUUCAACAGCCCCCCAGCAUUCAGUGCACUAACCAAUGUAACGGUCACACAAUGUGCGGUCGGACCAAACUGCCUCGCGUUCCUUUUGGAGGAUGGGCGCGUUUGCAGACUGUCAUAUUCUGUUGCUGUUGACAAAUUGGAUUUGAACAAAUCCGAGAGCAAAAUUAAGCCAGUUAGCCGGCCUGAACGCAGCGAGAGGACUUCGGGAAUUCCCAGCAGAAGCAGCUCACUAGUUGUGGAAAGUCCCAUGGUGCUGGUGUCAGAUGUAAUGGGGUCGAGCUCAGAUCCACCCACAGGACGAUGGGGAAGCACCACCACAACAAUCACAGGCUCCACCACCACCCGCAGUCAGCCCGCUUACAGCCGCAUGCAGAGGACAGUGCAUGUCAGCAGGGGUCGAAGGUCAGGGGUCAUUGUAGGCAGCAGACCUCUAGUGCCAGCUUCAGUUGUACCGGAGGAUCUGAUUAGUCAGUGUCAAGUGGUGCUUCAAGGAAAGUCAAGGAAUCUGAUCAUUAGGGAAUUGCAGAGAACUAACUUGGAUGUGAAUCAGGCCGUGAACAACCUCCUGAGUCGUGACGAUGAGGGCGAGGUGGAGGAUGAGGACAGUCAGGACUCUUAUAUGCCGGACGACCUCAUCUCACUCCUCGACGGUGGCAUGCACUCGGAGCAUCCCAGUGUCAUCAUUGACGCGGACACCAUGUUUAAUGAAGAUGUGUUUGGUUACUCCACACUACGCAGUAGGACAUCAGGAACUCGAUCUCGGCUCGGUGACAGAGAUCGUGACCUAGAUAGAGAAAGUAGGGAAUCCAUCUUCCGAAUCCGAGACCGUAGACGACUAGACACAACAUUGAGAGAUGAAACGCUUAAAUCACUGGAGCGUGACAAGGCAGAUUCAAUCAUUGAGGGUGAGAAUCUGAAGAAACAGCCCACUCCAUCACAGACACCAGUUAACUUUGGAGAUGACGUACAUUUUCUCCUUGAGAAGGAUGGAACCUGUGCAACCUUUACCCACAUUGCUACAAUGCACUCUGACCUUGUUGCUGUGGGAACCAAUGGACAGUUAUAUAGCUGGAAAUGGACAGAGGCAGAGCCCUACAAACAUUAUGAUAACCCCAAUGUGCAUCACCCCAAGGUGAUAUCGCUAGGACUACAGAAUGAGAGAAUUAUUGGAUUGUCUGCCUGUGGAGUUAGGGCUUCAGUCUUCACAGAAUCCAAUAAAGUGGCUACAUGGGUAGACGAGACUCUCAACAGCGUGGCCUCCAAACUCGAGCAUUCUGCGCAAACCUUCCCAGAAUUUCAGACGGAUAAGAUUGUGUCCCUACACACAUGUUCCUUGUACACCUGUGCACGGCUGGAGAGCAGUGCCCUCUAUUGGUGGGGAAUAAUGCCGUUUGGACAGAGAAAGAAAAUGCUGGAGAAAACCAAAAAGAAGAAAACCAAGGAUGGUUCUGUCACUAGCGAUGUCGGUGCUGGGUCUCUAGUUUGCCUGCGGAGCUCCCCUAUGUACCAUGGUGGUGCCCUGGCGUUUGCAACGGUAGACGGCGUCCCAAAAGUAGGUCAGCUGCUGGAAUCUGCUUGGUCACUGUCUGACACUUGUCGCUUCAAGAUUCUCAAACAUGCACCUGUAGAGCAGAAACCCGAGGUGAAACCCGAGGUGAAGUCAUGCGAUGUGAAACCAGACAUGCCCCCACCCCCCUCCCCAGAUUCGUCCACUUGUAGUGACCACAGUGGGCCCACGUUGAUCAGCACAUCACUUAAACGCAAGAAGGCACCUACACCAUUGAAAGAUUUUGAGAGGAAAGAUGAAGAAAGCUGGCCAUUGAAAAAUGUCAUCUUUGUGGAGGAUGUGAAAACUGUCCCUGUUGGCAAAGUAGUCAAGGUAGAUGGCGCCUAUGCAGUGGUGAAGUUCCAGUCCCGGGAUGCAUUGGAAUCUGGGGGUGGGAGGGAGGACCCCGUCAGUCUCCUACAGGACUGCAGAAUCCUGAGAAAAGAUGAAUUACAGGUGUUGAAGAGUGCCAAUGCCCCUCGCCUGCCGGAUUGUUUUCAGAAGACCCCAAAGAAAGUGACCCUGACAGAAAGUGGUCAGAUAUUGGCCGUGGCUGUGGAUUGUGAGGGGAUUCACUUGAUCGCUAGAUCUGGAUCUCGACUGAGCUACACCAUUUACAACCUAACCUCUGGCAAAGUGGAGCAAGAUGCCACCUUCCAGACAGAUGCGCAGACUUUUCUUGGCGAACACCGUAGCGACAUCACAUUACACAAUACCGGAGAUGAGCUGUUGGUUCAGCUGCAGGAUGGAAAUGGUGCCCUGUAUCCUUUGGCUAAGGACUGUGCAGAGGGCAUACGUGACCCCCUGUGGUUGAAUCUCCCCCCAGUCCGUGCCCUGGGGAUGAGAGUCCAGUGUCUGAAUGCAGUGGGAAACAACAUGAAGAACAAAGUCUGUAUCCUGGUGCUUGCUGUCGAGCAUCAGGCCUUGGUCCCACACAUACUGCGCUGUGAUCUGGAGAAGGUCAAGUCCAUUCUGCUUUCCCUGGAACAUGAGCAAGAUUCAGCUGCCAGUCAGAAGGUGCUACAGGACAUUAUUAAGGAGCACUGUGAUGGAAACAGGAAUAUACUGCACACCUGUGUGGCCAUGUGUGUUCCCACUUCAAACAAAGACUAUGACCAAGAUCCAGUGCCACUGUCUACUGUUGGUGCUACCACCACCACCACAACCACAAGUAGUUCGUUCAGCUCUGCCCUGGAGGCGAUUAAUGCAGUGAGCAGUGCGGUAGACGCACUGAAUGCCAUCCAGUCACGUAAUGCUGACCCAAGCUCAAGGUGUGUCAGCCUGAGAGAAAUGAUGAAACGAGCAUCAUCAGCUGCUCGAGCUGUCAGUGGAAUUGAUGUGAGGGAGUCCGAGGACAUGUCUAUACCCACGCUACAGUGGCCCCCUGACCCCCCACCCAGCUACGAAACCCUGCAACAAGAUCACAAUGUGUCCCAUCCUCCUCAGUCCAGCACUCACAGUGUCCCGCUUGUUUCUGGAGAGUUCAGCACCGUGUCCAUCCCACCGGUCAAGCUGGAGGAGAAAGAAAGACGAGUGAACUCAAUGGCCAUUCUGAAGGUCCUGUGUGAUUGUUCGCAGUUACAGCCCCACCUUGUAGAACUGCUGACCGCCAGGAAUGCUGAUGGCUGUACAGUGUUUAUGCAGGCAGUGCGUGGCUGUGCUUAUGCUGCAGCUCUAGUGGUGCUGGACACUGCUAAGCGAGUGGCCACUAAUGAAUCGGGGUGGGUGGAUAGGGCCACCUUGAUGCAGAUGCUGUACCCCACAGGAUCCAGUCUUGACAACUCUCCCCUACAGAUGCUGUGUUGUAACGACACCUGUAGUUUCACCUGGACCGGUAGAGAACACAUCAAGCAGGACAUUUUCGAGUGCAAGACUUGUGGAUUAGUGGGCUCCUUAUGUUGUUGUACGGAGUGUGCUCGGGUCUGUCACAAAGGACAUGACUGCAAAAUGAAGAGAACCUCCCCCACGGCCUACUGUGACUGCUGGGAGAAAUGCAAAUGUAAAGCCCUGAUUGCAGGCCAGCAGCAGCCUCGCUUUGAGUUGUUGAACCGACUGUUGGCAGAGACAGACUUGGUGAAGCUUCCUAACAGCAGAGGAGAGAACAUUCUGCUGUUUUUGGUGCAGACAGUUGGAAGGCAAUUGAUUGAACAGAGACAGUACCGCCCCAACAGGUCGCGGGUCCCCUCCUCCCGGAAGGCUGUCCCCCAGGAUCCAGACGUGGAGAUGCCUGAGCACGACCUUGAACCUCCUCGUUUCAGUCGCCGCUCACUGGAGCGGAUACUUAAUGACUGGACGGCGGUGAUGUCGAUGAUUAUGAGUGGUAAAAAGGGAACCACUUCACCGGACGUUGUGUAUGAGGACCAGCUUUACCUGGACAGUCAGAGUGGGACGGCCCGGCUGGACAAAUUCACCCACAACCUGCUGGUCAAGUGCAGCGUAGAGAUGUUGGACACUUUGUUGACGACCUUGAUCCGAGAAAUGCAGAACGACAAUAUCGAGGGCAGGAAGGUCGAGGCAAGGACUGUGACUCGUCGAUUCAUUAGAUCGGUGGCCAGGAUAUUUGUUGUUCUAAACAUUGAGAUGACCCCUGCCACGAACAAGAAGAAAAGCUCCAGCAUCACAGCCUGUCAGCCAUUGGUCCGAUGUAAGCGAGCAUUCAAUGCUCUCAUCACGAUCGCUAUAGAGGAACUCUGUGAGAUUGCGGACUCCUUGAUAACUCCAGUCAGGAUGGGAGUCUUACGACCCACGGCGCCGUUCACACUCGCUACAGCCAACAUUGACGCCAUUCAGGGUAGUGAAGAAAUAUUCAACACUGACCCCCUGCCACUACGGUCACACCCAGCAGACUCGGAGAACCAUUCUGUAUCGUACAUCUCUCAUCCCCGAAUCUCCCAGGGGGGACCCUCCCAGAGGGCGGGCCAAGACCGAGAAGAUGACGAAAUCAUGCCUCCGGACGAGGUGGAGGUUGUCGAGGGAAUGGGAGGUGAGGAGGACCAAUCAGAUCAUGAGGAUCGUGAUGACCACCAAUCAGAGCAUUCUGAUCAGGACCAAGGUGAUAAUGAAGGAGGAGCUGCAGAAAGUGACAUGGAUCUUGACCUAUUGGCGGAGUCUGAGAGUGACAGUGAGAGUAGUCAUAGCAACCAGGACAAUGUUAGCGUACAGAGGAGUGCUGUUACCGCGGCGACAGCGGGUUCUGAUGCUGGGCUUGGAAGUUUGGCCCACUUUUCAGAGGACUCUGGAGAAUCAUCCAAUCAGGAAGAAGAUUAUGAAAGCGAGGGGGAACAAAGUAAUGGGAAUGACGCUGAUGACAUGAACUACAUCGAUGAGCAGCUGGAGCGAUGCCACACUUCAGGUUGCACACAUGGGCAGAGGACACUACAGGCUCCACAGACAAUGCAGUGGGCUAUCAGGCAGAGGGAUACAACCGCCGCUAGACCACCACCAACGUCCGGCACCACCACCACCACCGGAGGGACUGGUGGACUGAUUUACAUUGACCCUGCCACUCUGAGGAGGACCAGCACAGUAACCACGACAGCAGUACACCAUCACCAGGAGAAUCAGGUUACCAUGACGACGACAGCCAGCCAGCUAGCUAGGGCAUUUAGUGUUGUGGUACGACAGAUUGCAGACCUGUUGACAAUGAUACAAGACUAUAAUGCCCUCGCCCCAGGAUUACCUCGAGUUUUGGAGAUCUCGGACCAGGAAGCUCGUGAUUUGCAGUACUACACAGAGAUGCAUUUGACCUUGACCUGGGAUUGGUUGAUUAAUAUCAUGGAUUCCACCGAGGCCCAGCUUAGAUUUGGUGCUGCCCUCUGUCAUACAACAGACCCGGCCAAUCCAAAUCAUCCUUUCCACUCCAACUAUGUCCGCAAUCUACGUGAAAGAACCAACCGUGAAGAAAGCCGCAUUCUGCAGGCAUUAGACAGACGCAGAGCGAGAUUUGGCACCAUUGGUACUGAUGGUAAUCUGGCUCGUCGUGAGUUCCUGAAUUAUGCCCUAUCUCUGAUGAGAUCUCACAAUGAUGAGCAUGCCGACUCACUCCCCAGUCUCGAUAUCUCGUCCAUGAGACAUGUGGCCUACGUAUUUGAUGCCUUGAUUUAUUACAUUAGGAGCAGUAUUGAUAUGGACGCUGAGGUUUUUCGGGAUGGCAUUUCUGUCAUCUCCUGGGAUCAUGAUGAGAAUGACAAUGAGGAACAUGAUGAAGAUCCAGUCACCAACAUGUCUGUAGACAAUGAGAGUGUGGACGGUGAGUCGGAUGUCACCACCAAGUCCGGCCGUAAACACCAGUUCUUCCACCGCUCGGACUCCACCACCUUUCUCGGAUGUCCCCCACCAGAUCCGUUUCAAACACCACUGGUACAAGCCCUGCCAUUGGCUGACCUCCCACAUCUCCUCCAACCAAAUGCAAGGAGAGAAGACCUGUUUGGGAUGAUCCGACAGGCUGUGGUGCCCUCUAGAUCAUCUAUGGAUGUUAAAUCGACCCAACGGAUGUCGAGCAGUAAGAAUCAAUUUGACAAGCUGCCGAUCCGAAUGGCUCUAUCGGAGCGGAGGAGUAGCAGCUGUCUGAUGCAGGGAGCCUCUCUUCCGUUGACUACUGUACCAACUCCACUGCCUCAGCUUAGUACCUCCAAUCUCCCGGAAGUCUCUUUUAGUAGUGCUAGUGUUAUAGUAAAGCCCCCUUCUCAAACUCCACCCACUCAAGCAGCUGGGAACCAGUCAAGUGACUCAAAUAUGUUGAGCAGUAUACCGCUGCCAGGACAAAGUCGCGAUGUUAGUAAAUCUCAUGAAAUGUUGAAUCAGGCCAGUGUGAUAGUGCAUUCCAGUGCAGCCCAUGGUCUCCCAGUGCCCAAUCUGACGUAUUCUGGGCCCCAUCUCUCAGACAGCCGCUUUAUUGCUGGAGAUAGGCGACUAGAUCUCAACAGUCAGAUCAGUGGUCAGUCGGAGUCUUUGGACAGAAGUUUGGACAGCCAGCGGGUCACUCCCUCCCUCAGCUCUGUACCCACGGACUCCUCAGGCUCCCUGAUGUCCGGUAUCUCUACACAGUGCAGUACCGGGGGUCUAUCAUCACAGACUAAGAGUAGCACAGGCAGCAGUGGGGUGACGGUGGACGCAUUGCCAGGGGCAAUGAUGGAGUCGCGGUCGAUUCCGUCCCUGCCCUCAGAGAACUUGUCUGACCCGGCCUCCUUCUCUGACCAGGUCCCAGGACCGUCCACCUUGGAGGUGGCUGACCAGAGAACUUCAUCGUCCAGUGAUGGCCCAUCAAUGCAGGCUAGCUACAGUGACACACUACCAGCUGGGUCUGUGGAGACUGGUCUCGAUAUGGUAGGGGCUCACGAGAAUGUCUGCAACACUGUGGAUAUAGAGACGUCAGCUGUACCACCCGGUCUGGGACCGGCCAGGUUGAAUCCUCAGAGUAACUUGGUGUCACAUGACGUGUUGCUAGGGCGCUGGCGACUAGCCCUUGACCUGUUUGGGCGUGUUUUCUGUGAUGAUGUGGGGGCGGAGCCAGGGUCUGUCAUCAGUGAACUGGGUGGAUUUCCCGUCAAGGAAAGCAAGUUCAGACGGGAAAUGGAGAAAAUCAGAAACUCUCAGCAGAGGGAUAUUAUUUUGGAUGUGGAGAGAGACAGAAACUUGCUGAUUGUACAGUCUUUCAAACAACUGAACACCCAAUACAACAGGCGAACCAACACUAGUGGUCCCCCACUGGCAGUUCAUAGGGUCAAGGUGACCUUCAAGGACGAACCCGGGGAGGGGAGCGGAGUUGCUAGAAGCUUUUACACUGCCAUUGCUAAUGCUGUUUUAUCACAAGAAAAACUGCCCUCAUUGGAUGGGGUGCUGAUUGGUGGGAAGAACCUGCAGUACAAUUUGCUGCAGAGAGCGAGGUCGAGGGAGAGAGAAAGGGAACGUCAACGGUCGACUCUCAGGAGACAGCGUAGCAGAGAAAGAGACGCCAGACGGACUCUGUCUUAUGAUGCCCCACCCUUCUACAUGCCAGCCGACGCCCCAACGUCCAACAAUAAUAACCCUGGUCCUGCUGGGCAGCCAUCGUCUGACUCAGGCUCUGAGGGGGGACCCGACACCGUAUCGCAAUAUCGCCGACAGCUGGGGGAGAGGCUGUACCCAAAAGUCAGGGCACUACAACCGUCCUUAGCCCCGAAGAUAACGGGUAUGUUACUGGAAUUGUCCCCUGCUCAGCUGUUGUUGAUGUUGACCUCAGAUGAGACACUGAGACAGAGAGUAGAUGAAGCUGUGGACAUUAUAAUGUCUCAUGGAAGGGAACUGAGUGCAGAGGCUCUACUAGAUCUGGACAUCUUUAAUCUGUCGGCCAGCGACAAGAAGAAGAAACCAACCGAGCGUAAAACUGACGCGGAGGAAGAGGAGGAAAUGGAGGAUAAUAGCCCGCUGUUCUGGCAGCCUGGAAAACGGGGAUUUUACUCCCCAAGACCUGGCAAAAGUACUCCAGAGAGGCUAAAUGCAUUUAGGAACGUGGGAAGGAUCAUCGGUCUGUGCUUGCUACAAAACGAGAUGUGUCCCCUAUUUCUGAAUCGUCAUGUCCUGAAGUACAUAUUGGGGCGGAAGAUCGGCUGGCAUGACCUGGCCUUCUUUGAUCCUGUGAUGUACGAGAGCCUGAGACAGCUGGUUCUGGAUUCGGAAAAUAAAGAUGCGUCCCUGUUGUUCGCGGCGCUGGACAUGAACUUCUUUGUUCAGCUAGGAGUGGAAGAGGGUGGAGAGGAAGUGGAGCUGAUCCCUGGGGGCAGUGAUAUUGAAGUCAACGCCCAGAAUGUCCACGACUACGUCAGGCGCUAUGCCGAGUUCAGAAUGGUUAAAGUUCUGGAGAAGGCGCUGAAGCAUAUAAAGCUGGGAGUAUUUGAUGUGAUACCCAGUAGUUCUCUGGAGGGUCUCACGGCAGAAGAUCUGCGACUUCUACUGAACGGGGUCGGGGACAUUAACGUACAGACUCUUAUCAGCUACACGUCAUUCAAUGACGAGAGUGGAGAAAAUAAUGACAAAGUGCAGAGGUUUAAACGCUGGUUUUGGUCCGUGGUGGAAAAGAUGAGUAAUCAGGAAAGACAAGACCUGGUUUACUUCUGGACCUCCAGUCCGGCCCUUCCAGCAAGUGAGGAAGGAUUUCAGCCCAUGCCAAGCAUCACAAUACGUCCAGCCGAUGAUGACCACCUGCCGACGGCAAACACGUGCAUAUCGCGACUGUACAUACCCCUGUAUUCUUCCAAAGUCGUCCUACGCAGCAAGAUACUUCUAGCCAUUAAAACAAAGGCUUUUGGAUUCGUGUAGCAGAAGGGAGAGACAUAAUGUAAUAAUGCUUAAGAGUUCUCGGCCCAGCUAUACAGACAGUAAUGAUUUAAACUGAGGACAAGUGUUUUCGUCUGACAAUAGAAAUGUUUACGGUGCCGUUUCUAGCAAGAUACAGAUGUUAAAGGGAGAUGGAACUUCUCGUUUCAUAACCCAGCCUUGGAAGGGAGGAACAAAUUGAAAUAUCAGCCAAUGAUAUGUGGAGAAAAUGAGUGUUCUAAUCAUGGUGUUCAUCAAUUUUAAUUCAAUAUGCGAGUCUGUGUGAUUGGAUGUAAUGUGUGAUAUUUGUGUGGUGAAAUAGAAAGAAAUUCUAGUAAUUGAAUGGUUUACCAAUUAAAAUUGGAGAAUCAA